CCACUCGCAGUCACAACCGCUGCCGCGCACGUGCGUCCCGUCUGACUCAUCUUCUACGGUGGGGUGCCCGUUCCGUGCGCGGUUUCGCUACUUGACAUCGAUUAAAUGUGAUUUAGCCGUUUGCAGAGGCCGUUUUUUAGCCGAUCGGCAGACGCGAUUACGGCGCGCUCGCGUGCGGGGUGUCUUCGUACUACAGUUCGUUUCCCCUCUGCCGUCCGCCCGUCAAGCAUCCUAAGCACCUGAACACGAGUGGCCACCGUGACCUUAUCAGUCAGCCGCCGCCGCCGCCAACGCUGUUUUCAACUACAGAAUACAUUUCAGUCGUUUAUUCUGCGCUUGAGACAUGCAACCACGAUUUAAGAUAUAUUUAUAGUUCUAGGCUACCAGUACUCGCAGUCGUCCGCAACUCCGAAACUGUGGCAACUAUCAACUCUCAACGUGGAACGUUCGCAAGACGCGAGUUGUCAACUUUUUACAACACCGCUCUCGAAUCUCGGUUGUCAAUAAUUCUUAGGUGUUAUUUCCAUAAAAAGAUGAGUAAUCAUAAUUUGUCACUCUUGAGUUCUCGAAAGCAAGUACAAAGAUCCGGUGGACAAUUUCCAAGUAGAUAUUAUUAUGUAAUCAAUCAAAAGGUGGAUUGUGAUGUGAAAUUAUUAACAGAUGAUGGGGCAGUAAUAUAUGCACGUAAAAUUGAUUUAGCAGAAGCUAGUGCUUAUUUUGAUGCAAUGUUCAAUAGAUUUGACAAAACGAAUAAAGAUCAUGUUGUCUUAAAAGACAUAGAUUCCAUGGCUUUAAAACGCAUAGUAGAUUAUGUUUAUACAGACAACAUAAAGAUCACAGAAGAUAACGUAAAGGACUUGUUAGCUACAGCAAAUUAUUUAGUGUUCUUAUUCAUAUUAAAUAAAUGUUGUGAGUUUUUACAAGACCAUCUGAGACCAUCAAACUGUCUUAGUACCAAAGCAUUUGCCGAUUUGCAUGGUUGUUCAAUAUUGUUGUCAAGUUCUGAAUCAUACAUCAAACAUAAAAUAUUAGAAGUGAUUGAAUGUGAUGAGUUUUUUUCUAUAUCCUUUGAAAGAGUAGAAGAAUUAAUAAAGAUGAUCCACUAUAUUGAACAUGCUAUUUCAAAUGAAAAACAAGUAAUUAAAUGUAUUAUGAAUUGGGUAAAUCAUGAAUGGAAUAGUAGAAGACAUGUUUUGGGCGAAUUAUUGGAACAUAUAAAUUUGCCAUUAACAUCAAAAAAGUGCAUGAUAAAAGGAGUUGAUGAGAAAUCUAGUGCAGAUAAUGUAAUAGAAAACAUAAAGUCAGAACAGUUAAUUGCUGCCAACAUAGAAAAAGUGAUCUUAGUUUUUGGUUGGUCUUCUAUGAGGGCAGAGUGUUUUAUAGAAUGGUAUGAUCCAGAGAUCAAAGAAUGGAAUCUUGGACCAAAAAUUAGUGGAUAUGAUACAAGAUCGAGUUUAGUUGUAUGGAAUGGUGUUUUUGUGUAUGCUGUUGGUAGUUUUUCUACUUCCAAGUCAGUUUAUAUGCUUGACUUGUCUUCACAUUCACCUUCUUGGAUUUCAAAUAAACCCAUGUUUAUUCAACGUAGUGAAUUAGGAGUGGGUCUAUUGAAUGAUUGGAUAUAUGCUGUUGGUGGGUUUGAUGGUAACCACAACUUAAAUGAAGUAGAAGCUUUUAAUGUCCAUACUGAGGAAUGGAAAAUGGUAUCUAGUAUGUCUAUUAGUAGAGGUGAUGUUGGUGUUGGAGUACUCAAUAAUCUUUUGUACGCGGUAGGAGGGUUUGAUGGAUUAUCAAGGCAAUAUUUAAAAUCAGUUGAACGUUAUCACCCAAGUUUUGAUCAAUGGACACCAAUAGCCGAAAUGUCUAUAUGUCGUAGUGGUCAUGGAGUAGGAGUUUUAAAUGGUCUAAUGUAUAUCAUUGGAGGUCAUGAUGGGCCAUUUUAUCAUAAAAGUGUGGAAGUUUAUAAUCCAGACACUGGACAUUGGACUUCUAUUACUGACAUGCAUGUUUGCCGAACAAAUCCUGGUAUGGGAGUUGUUGUAUUACAUGGCUUAUUGUAUGUUUUGGGCGGAAGAAGUGAAUUUUAUGAUAAUGUUAGUUCCGUGGAAAUUUACAAUCCCAACACCAAUACAUGGGAAUACAUGGAAACAGCAUCAAGUAAUGUUGGUAAAAUUUAUGGUGGAGUAGUUGUAAAUAAGUUUCCACAUUUUAUAACAAAUUAG